UUCCCUCUCUUCCGCCGCCAACUAUCUCUCUCAACCUAAGGAAUUCGCAGGAUUUGUAGAAACCCAUUUCCACAUCAUUCUUUCUCAACUGUCACUGGAUCUCAUGGACGAGGAGACUUCAGAGGAAGUAGAUCAACUUAUUUUCUCAAGGAUGCAUUUUAUGAGAUUGACGGUUGAAUUAUCUUAUCAAUUUGUAAUCCUUGUUCACUUAUCGGGAUGGACGGCAUUGGAAAAAUUAUGUUUAUCAAGUGAGAUGACACACGUCGGAAAGACAACUCUUGCUAUAAGUUUCGGGAUGUCGAAAAGAAGCCGCCCCUUCAAAAGGCAGCCCACACAGAACGAAGGUGAGAAUGCGGCUCAAUUUUACAAAGCUGAUAGUAUCUUGUCCCUUAAUUUGCAUCCAAGCAUCCAAGGUUCGCUAUAGCGAGGCAGUGGAUGAUGUUCUUCCACUGACAAUAUAGCACAAAAUUUCAAGGAGAGACUGAAUGAACAGAAAACGGCGGAGGCUAGUACCUCAAAUGAAGAAGUGGAAAAGAGGAAGCAAAGGGGGAAAAAAGUUGACCACUUAUACACCCGGAGCACUACAUAAUUCGUUAACUGUUUAAAAGGCCUUACUCCACAGCAGAAGGAAGCUGUGCAAGAACUUGGAUUCGGCGCCAUACUACACUACCACAUCAAGGAGAUCCCAGGGUACAUUGCCUAUUGGGUAAUCAAACCAUUUAAUCUUGCUCGCUGCCAGACACCUUUGUGUGAGGGUGGGAGUUUGACCCUUGAUGAGGAAGACGCCCAUUUGACGCUAGGUUUUCCAAGAGGGCUAAAACCAAUCUCAAGGUCAGUUGAUAAACAAAGCGAGUUUCAUUUCAACGACUACGUUGCAGACCGGUGUGGUAAGAGUCGUUACAAAAUGACCGCGGGCGACGUUGCGAAGCUGAUUACGGAGGAGGUGAACGGUGGUCCAGAAUUCAAGCGCACGUUCAUGGUAGAAAAUGCAGUAAUAGAGACGCCGACAGACGGUAAUUUGAAGCCAAAGAUUCUACAUUUGAUCGACGACGUCGAUGAGAUUAGGAAUCUCAAUUGGUGCGGGUACGUCUUAUCAGUCUUGGAGACCACUUAUCCUACAUGGGAAAGAGGUGAAACUGUAUAUUUUAGGGCCUUUCCACUUUUUAUUGGUGAGGAAAACAAUUACUGCAUUAUAGGAUAAUUUUCAUUCAUUACUUCCAAAGAACAACAUGCAUUAUUGUAUGUGUUUCAUAUCCGAUCAUGUUUCAUAUUCAGUUAAA